AUGGAGAAGCAGGCGGAGGGAGCACGCAAGGCCUACGAGUACGGCCAAGAGAACAAGAUCGACUGGGGCCGUACAGCCUCCGACUACACGAGGUAUCGAGCGGGCUUCCCAGCAGAGCUGUUCGUGCGGCUGGAGCGGUCGUUUGGCGUCGGCCUGCCCGACCAGCGCGUGCUCGACAUCGGCACCGGCACCGGCACCCUGGCCAAGCGUGGGUGCUCCGUCACGGGGCUCGAUCCUUCGGCGGAGAUGAUGGAAGGCGCGAAGGCGCUCGACGAGAAGGAGGGCGUGCGCGUCACCUACGUGCAGGGCAAGACCGAAGACACGCAGCUCCCCACCGCCUCCUUCGAGGUGGUCACCGCCGGCACGUGCUGGCACUGGUUCGACUCGCACAAGGCCUUUGCGGAAGUGGCGCGGCUGCUGGUGGAGGGAGGGCGUCUCGUCAUUUGCCACUUUGAUUGGCUGCCGAUCAAGGGCAGCAUUGCUUGGCGCACCGAGCAGCUCUGGAACAUGAACGGAGGGACGGGCUUCUACCCACAGUGGACCAUCGACGCUGCUGAAUGUGGGUUCACCCACAUCGAGACCUUUUCGUUCGACGUGAGCGUGCCCUACUCCCACGAGGCUUGGCGAGGCCGCUUGCGGGCGAUGGGUGGCAUAGCUGCGGCCCUCACGCCUGAUCAGGUCGCCCGCUUCGACCGCGAGCUGGACGCCCUCCUGCGCGAACACGCUCCCGACGAGCCUCUCUUCAUCCCCCAUCGCGUGUGGGCGAUGAUCGCCACGCGACCAGCGAAGUAG